AAUCAGUGCAUCUUAGCAAACAAAUCAAAUAAACAAAAUUUGUUUAUUAGUUAUGUCAAAGUUAAACAUUUAAUUCGGCAAAUUGUUAUAAAUGAUUCCAAAUUAAUGUUGAAAUGAAAACAUAGAAUCCGUUUUUCAUUAAAUAUUGCGAGCAAAACAUAGGCGGAAGUCAAGGCAAGUUCCGUCCGAAACCGAAAGACUCCUGGUUAAAAAUGAAGUUAUCAGGGAGACAGCCGCGCCUUUUACCCGACGUCAUGCAGGCCAUCGUCGACCUUAAGGAGGGACACGGUUCUACCCAAAACAAGAUCCUGGAACACAUUCAAGGCGUAAUCAACACGAAGAAGAUUACUCCGAGACCGCGCAACGUAACUAUGCAGAUCAGGAGGGCUCUGAAGCACGGAGUUCAGAACGGACUUCUGAAGCAACGGGGAGGAAAAUUCGUCCUUGGGAUCCACCCAAGGGACUUCGCGCUCUACAAGAGUUUUCAGCAAAUGGGCUCAUUGAAUUCCUGCUGCAAUAAAUGUAGAAGGGGGAAAAAAGGGAAGAAACGCGGCAGAAGAAGGCGAAGGAAGAGGCACAUGGGAGACUUUUCAGAUACGGAUUACAGUGCUAAAGAUUGUGGUACACCCGAGCCAAUGGAAGCCAGAGGAAGGAAGAAACGGAAACGUCGUCGCAGGAGAGGACGUAAACGUACCGAGUUGAGUCUCUCUAGGGAUAGCAGUGGGUUAGAUCAGUCCAAUAAAAGUCCAAAAAAUUCCAAAGAAUUAAUCCGACCUCAAAGGAGCUUGAGAAAGUUUGAGGAGAAUCCGUUAGAGCCCUAUGUUUGUGAAGAUGCUGAGAAAAAGACAGAAGAUAAUUAUAUAAAUUAGUCCAUUUACUUAUCGUAGAUAUGUGGUCCUUGUCGUGUA